AAAGGGGGAGAGAAGAGGGAGAGAAAAAAAAAUCACGGAUAAUUUGUGUGCUCUUGACAGAUCCCAAAGCCCCGGCGUUUUGCACCGAUCGUGGAUGUUCACCGUUAACUCUGAGCGAGCCGCGCGCGUCGUUUUGGGCAUCGGACGCGCCGAGUACAGCAAAAAGCGCUGCUAAAUGAAGCAAUGGCGGGGGUUGCAGGAGGAAAUGAUUUUCAGUGGUGUUUCUCUCAAGUGAAAGGAGCGAUAGAUGAGGAUGUUGCGGAAGCUGACAUAAUCUCCACGGUUGAAUUCAACUAUUCCGGAGAGCUUCUCGCUACGGGAGACAAGGGCGGCAGAGUAGUGAUAUUUCAACACGAACAGGAGUCUAAAAAUCGUCCACACCUGCGUGGCGAGUACAAUGUUUAUAGCACUUUUCAGAGUCACGAGCCUGAAUUUGACUACUUGAAAAGUUUAGAAAUCGAGGAGAAAAUAAAUAAAAUUAGGUGGCUACCCCAACAGAAUGCUGCCCACUUUCUACUUUCGACAAACGAUAAAACUAUCAAAUUGUGGAAAAUAAGUGAACGUGACAAACGGGCGGAAGGCUACAACCUGAAAUAUGAAGAUGGUCGACUCAUAGACCCCUUUAGAAUCACCUCUCUACGGGUACCGGUGCUAAUGCCAAUGGAUCUCAUGGUAGAAGCCAGCCCACGGAGGAUCUUUGCAAAUGCGCACACCUAUCACAUUAAUUCCAUUUCUGUAAAUAGUGAUCAUGAAACAUACCUCUCUGCAGAUGACCUAAGAAUAAAUUUAUGGCACUUGGAAAUCACAGACAGAAGUUUUAAUAUUGUAGACAUCAAGCCUGCCAACAUGGAGGAGCUGACAGAAGUCAUCACCGCGGCAGAAUGCCAUCCUCACCAAUGCAAUGUAUUUGUGUACAGCAGUAGCAAAGGCACCAUCCGUCUGUGUGACAUGCGAGCAGCGGCGCUGUGCGACCGGCACUCAAAGUUUUUCGAGGAGCCCGAGGAUCCGAGCAGCCGUUCUUUCUUCUCCGAGAUCAUCUCGUCAAUCUCAGACGUGAAGUUCAGUCACAGCGGGCGCUACAUGAUGACACGUGACUACCUCUCUGUCAAAGUUUGGGACCUCAACAUGGAAAACCGGCCAGUGGAGACGUAUCAGGUCCAUGAAUACCUUCGCAGCAAACUGUGCUCUCUGUAUGAAAACGACUGCAUCUUUGACAAGUUUGAGUGCUGCUGGAAUGGCAGUGACAGUGCCAUCAUGACGGGCUCAUAUAACAACUUCUUCCGAAUGUUCGACCGCAACACGCGGCGGGACAUCACGCUGGAGGCGUCCCGGGAGAGCAGCAAGCCGCGGGCCACGCUCAAGCCGCGAAAGGUGUCCACGGGCGGCAAGCGGAAGAAGGACGAGAUCAGUGUGGACAGCCUGGACUUCAACAAGAAGAUCCUGCACACGGCCUGGCACCCCAAAGACAACGUGAUCGCCGUGGCCGCCACCAACAACUUGUACAUUUUCCAGGACAAGAUCAACUAGAAGACGAAGAGGGCUUUUGGCAUACCUGUUGUAGUUCAGCCUACUACGUGUCUAUCUGUAUAAGAACAAAAAGAAAAACGGCCUCGUUGUCCUCCUGGUGAAGAAUUUUUGAAAGCACGCGUCUACUUUUUUGGAGGCUGACCCGUAGGUCUGUUUUAUUUUGAGUCUACGCUUCGGUUGUUUUUGCCUUUUGGCAUCAGGGCAAUCACCACAGCGCCCCCCACCACCACCCCUCCCUUACCCCUGCCCCGGUGACCCAGAAAGCACUAUCUGGGUCCAGUUGACGGAAUAGGCGCUCUCCCCAGAGGUCAAACUCUUGAACGUCGGUGUUUGUGUUGACAUUUUUAGCCCUCGUUUCACCAUUUGAAAGGCUCGGAAGCCCUCCUGAGAAGUGGCGUCCUGUCAAAAGUUGUACCACCGUUUGAAAGGUUUCCGAGCCCUAAAGAGCGGAUUAACAGCCGGGGGGGGGGAAGCCAAACUGUAACAUUCCCUCCCUCCCGUCGGCCGCCCAUCUGCUGGUGGAGGUGGCUGUGAAUCUGGAGAGCGGACAUGUUUUUCUUUCUUUCUUUCUUUCUUCCCUUCCCUUCCUCAUACUUACUCCCCCCCCCCCCCCCCCCCACCCAUCAAUACAGUGACCUGAUUUCACUGACUGUAUCUACUCAAGUACACCUUGUCAUCCACAUAAUAAAAAGAAACUAAAACGACAGACGUGUUUUUAAAUUUAGAAGUAUGUAUAUUACUUUGCAUGUUUUUAUGUUGUAGAGAGGUGGAACAUGUCCAGUCGCACCACUGUCUUUUUUUUUUUUUUUUUUUUUUUUGGGAGCAGAUCUCAAGCAAAACAUGUUUAUUGAACUACUAUUUGGGGCUACCAGUUCCGCAACCACUGUUGGACACAACUAAUAUUGCCUGUGUGUGUGUGUGUGAGUGAGAGCAAGAGAGAGUGUGAGUGUGUGUAUAUAUCAAGACAGUCUUGAUUUUAGAACUUUUUUGCAGGCUGGUAAAGCACACGGCACAAGACGGACAAAGGGAAUCUGCAGCCUUAAUUCCGACUUUUAAGAGUGACAGCUACAAGUUACACCCCCCCCCCCACCCCAGGCCCGAACCUCAUGUGCAUUAUUUGUAAUUCCUAUUUUCUAGAGUGAUGUCCUCAUACGCCGCUGCUACUUGUAGCUGUCUAUGAAAACACAUUGCACACAUAAACAUGGUGAUAAAAGAGUGCCUCCCAAUCUUAGGUAGGAAUCUCGACAGCCCUCAUCUGUGUCCUUACCAAUUCGGGAUGUUGCUCCAAACACAUCACCAAAUCCAUAGCAGAGAAUGCAGGCAUGAAGGUUACAAGUACAUUCAGACAAAACACGCAACGCAUUGUCUUCGUCCAUUGAUUCCUAACAUGGUGGCAAUGUAUUGUUUAUUAUUUUGACCAAAGUUCAAUAAAAAUUUAAUUGUG